ACAUCAUCACCCCAGAUUAGCGAGUGAAAAGCAAUCAACAAAACAUCCUCCGUCUCGACAACCUUACGUCGAUGCUGAAAUCGUGAUCAGCUGUUUGUGAGCGGUGCAACUGGCACGCGUGCAUUCGUGCAAUAGCGGAGGAUGCAUGCAGCGGUAUGCAUCUGGACCGGCUGGACCAGAUUUUCAUUCAUGAAACGAGGCACUCGUUCAGAUCGUUCCGGUCUGCCUACCAUGGAAACUGAUUUUGUAAGACAUAUCCGUUACGGCAGCGUAAAUUGCAAUGUCUAGCCGGUGUAAAAAUAACGAAUGUAGUAAUCACGUGCCGCUUUCACUUUCGCGCUUGGAUCAAGAAUAGAAUGCCCAAGUUCGCUGUUGAUCAUCACAUGGAGUAGCACCGCGUCUGCUGAACCUGCCCUCACUCCACUUGGCUAUAUUUUGCUUUUAUUUAUACCCGAUCAGUACGGCUCAUCGUCGUCUGGUCUCUUGGCUACUGGUUGACGAGAUUAUUACGUUUGUUUAAGCCUCGCUGCCUGCCUGCUCUUUAUGCUGCUGCUGCUGCACAAACAUCAACGCAGAUGGGGCAGAAGCUAUGAAAAAAAGCUAUUACAACAAAUAGAUACCACGACACGCGAAUUCUAGGCGACGGUGGUCGUGAACGGCAAAUUAUUUAUACACAGCAUAGAACCGCACAUUCGGCGCUUUUGUUGUCAUAGUCCGUCCCGCGUCGGUUCCAUUUCGCGUUGCGAAGAAGAACCUACUACCACCCGAAUCGCCUGUGGUCAGUCAGCCACGCCGUGUUCUAAUAUUGUCGUUAGUUGAGGCGUUGAGUGUGAUCGGGAAACACGUUGUGGUGAUUUGAUUCACAUUUUGGCACCGACUGAAGUUCUCUUCUAAUUCCCGUUCGCAGUGCAAUAUUUGUGCUCAGUGAUGUUCAAUGGUUGUUGAUCGAGUGAAGGAACCCGUAAAGCCUCUCACAGUUAACAUUCCGAACUUUGCAUAACGUGAUAAGAGAAUUGCCCAUCAGCAUAAAAUACUACGAUGUCCGUACUCGAAGUGACAUCGGAGCUGUACGCCGAGGCAGAAUUCUGCAGCACAGAUACGGGUAAUGGUAAUGCUAUUUCUAAAUUUACCUUUGUGUAUCCAAAUCGUCGCGAAACUGACGCAAACGGUACACCGACGGGUCAGCCGAAUGGUAUGGACAAACGCACAAACGGCCUGCCCGAAACUGGCAAGGAAAAGACACCAAGCAUCAAAGACCCGGACGAGGAAAGCUUCAUAGAGGAGCAAUCGUAUGAAUCAGAUUAUGAUGAUGAUAGUGUGUGCGAAGAGGAGGAAAUUGAAUCCGAAAAUGAGUGCUGCCAAACAUCGGACCAGAGCGUAGCAAGCCCCGUACCGCCGAUCAAGCUAGAUAAAGACGAUGAUCUCGAUGUAGAACGCCAACGAAAGGGAGCGAUAGAAAUAGAACAUCGAAAAUCAACCCGACUGGAUUUGGUAGGGCUGCAAAUAUGGCGUGGUGCAUUAUUGCUGGCUGACUACAUUAUGCAUAACGAGCGAAAGUUUAAAAACGCCCAUAUCCUUGAACUUGGUUCUGGGGUCGGGCUUACGAGCAUAGUUGCCAGCAUGUACGCCCGGGAGGUCAUUUGCACUGAUAUUGAUAUUGGAGGACUGUUGGAUCUGAUACGCGGAAAUGUACAAAGAAAUGCUCACCUUUCGAAUCCACACUGCCGGGUGCACGUAACCGAGCUCGACUUCAAGGCUAGCUAUCAGGAUUAUCCGCGCGAGCUAAAAGACAAACUGCAGCACGUGCAGUAUGUAGUUGCGGCCGAUGUGAUCUAUGACGAUGAUAUUACCGAAGCGUUUGUGCGGACGAUUGUUAGCCUGCUGCUGGAACUACCGAAGUUGAAAGCGAUUUACAUCGCGCUUGAAAAGCGCUAUGUCUUUACGCUCGAAGACAUGGAUUCCGUGGCACCGUGUUACGACUACUUUCUUCGAUACUUUCAGAAACGGAACAGCCGGUUUGGCGUUAACCGCUGGAAGCUCAUCAAUGUGUGUAUGAACUUUCCGCGGUAUUUCGAUUACGAUAAGGUGAAGGAUUUGGUACUGCUGAAGAUAUGCCACGCCAGUAGCAAAUGAAAAGUUAGCGUUGUGAUCAAAAAAUCAAUAAAGGAAAUAUGUUACUAGAUUUCGAAAGGAACCGCCAACUGUCGAA